AUGAAGGCCUUCAUCCUGCUGUCGCUGUUCGUUGCCGGCGCAUUGGCUGGCGUCGAGGAGAGCCUCUGGCUGUCCAAGCAGGUCCGCAUUGAUGCCGGUUCCCGCGCCGAGUACAAUGGCCGCAUCGUCGGUGGUUCGACCGUCCCGAUCGGCCAGUUCCCGUACCAGCUGUCGCUGCGCCAGAACGGCAACCACAUCUGCGGUGCCUCGGUUAUCUCGGGCAACUGGGCGCUGUCCGCUGCUCACUGCACCUUCCCGAUGCCAAGUGCCAACUCGAUCACUUUCCGCGGUGGAAGCGCUAGCCGUACCGCUGGUGGUGUCAUUUUCCAGGCCGCCCAGAUCAUCAACCACCCGCAGUACAACAGCAACAACUUGAACAACGAUGUGUGCGUCAUCCGUAUCACCACCUCGUUCGUCGGUGCCAACAUUGCCACGAUCCGCCUGGUUGCCAGCGGUACCAACUUCGCUGCCGGUACCAACAGCGUCGUCUCUGGAUGGGGUCUGACCGUUCCCGGCGGAGCGCUGCCAGUUAACCUACACGCCGUCAACAUCCCGGUCGUUGCACAGGCUACCUGCAGCUCGCAAUGGGGAGCUGGACGCAUCACUGCCGCCAUGGUGUGCGCUGGUGUGCAAGGUCGCGACUCCUGCAACGGUGACAGCGGUGGCCCACUGGUCACUGGUGGAGCACAGUUCGGUGUUGUAUCGUGGGGUGCUGUGCAGUGCGGUGGACCACUCCCGGGUGUGUACGCCAACAUUGGUAAUGCCGGUAUCCGCAGCUUCAUCAACCAGCACACCGGACCACAAAUGAAUGAGAUGACUUUGCGAGCGGGGAGUUCCAAUCGGUUGUUCGGUGGAACCAUCUUUAGCAUCGCCCAGAUCAUUAACCAUCCGCGAUUUAGUGAGUACACCAUAGAGUACGAUGUCAGUCUGUUGCAAUCGACAACAGACAUUAUGGGACAAUUCAUUGCACCAGUAGCGUUACCGCCUGCAACUAGCGGUUUCGGUCCAGGAACGGGCGCCAAUGCAACCGGAUGGGGUCUUCAGUCCGUCCCAAACUCGCUUCCAGUGCUGCUGCAGAUUGUCGAAGUGCCCUUGAUUACCAUGGAGCAGUGUCGCAGUAGCUGGCCCACUGAGUGGAUAACGGAGGAUAUGCUUUGUGCUGGCCAACCCGGUCGGGAUACGUGUGGCGGCGAUAGUGGAGGUCCGCUAGUCAUUAACGGCUACCAGAUGGGCAUCGCUUCCUGGGGUGUCUCCGAUUGCUCCGGUAACCUACCGUCGGUGUACGCAAGCAUUGCCCAUCCCACUAUCAGAAGCUUCAUUCAGGAACAUUCGAAUGUUUAG